AUGAUGCUGGCGGCUCUGCUGCUGGCUCUCAGCUACCUCGGCCUCCAUUCCCUCUGGCAGGCCCAGGCUGUUCCCAUCCUGCCCCUGGGCCUGGCUCCAGACACCUUCGACGAUGCAUACGUGGGCUGCGCAGAGGAGAUGGAAGAGAAAGCAGCUCCCCUGCUGAAGGAGGAGAUGGCCCGUCACGCCCUGCUUAGGGAAUCCUGGGAAGCAGCCCGGGAGGCCUGGGAGCACAAGCGCCAUCGGCUCACCCUGCCCCCUGGCUUCAGAGCCCAGCACGGAAUCGCCAUCAUGGUUUAUACCAACUCAUCUAACACCUUGUACUGGGAGCUGAACCAGGCGGUGCGGACAGGCGGCAGCUCCCGGGAGUUCUACAUGAGGCACUUUCCCUUCAAGGCCCUGCAUUUCUACCUCAUCCGGGCCCUGCAGCUGCUGCGGGGCAGUGGAGGCUGCAGCAAGGGACCUGGGGAGGUGGUGUUCCGAGGUGUGGGCACCCUCCACUUUGAACCCAGGAGACUGGGGGACUCUGUCCGCUUGGGCCAGUUUGCUUCCAGCUCCCUGGAUGAGGCAGUGGCCCGCAGAUUUGGGGAGAAGAGGCGUGGCUGUGUGUCUGCACAAAGAGGGCAGCCACAUUCCACCUCUGAGGGGGACUUCUCUCUGCUUUCCUGGAAGACCCUGCUCUUGGCCCCUGGGGGCUUCCAGCUCUCGGGGGCUGGGCCCUGA